AAUAAUUCGGAACCGUAUCAAAUAUAUAAUCAUUUGAGCCAGCAUUUGGUUUUUUUCAGUGGCGAAACACAACGAAUGCAAUUCUGCCUCCACAUCAGUGAGCUGCAGACAAAACAUGGGUGGUAGGCUUGUUGCCAUGACAACAGAGGAACCCCCAUCACCAUACCACUACCUUCAGGCGAAUACUGUGUCACUCACUCACUCUCUCUCUUUCUUUCACUCUGUGUUCCAAGCGGUGUACUAUCCGCCUUUUAACGGGAAGACGAACCAGGCGGUCGGGACCCCUCCUGCUGUGUGCGUCGGGCGCUUCAAAUGAGUGUACCGGCAGCAACGGUGCAGCAACGAGCUGGUGAGAUGCAAUCGGCCGCGGUGGCGCCGUCCUCAUUCUUGCCGGGCCAGUCGGGCAAGAUCCCAGGCAGGAAACGAGGAAGACCCCCGCUGCGUAGUGUGGCCAAGAUGGAUUUCGUCAAUCGCUACGCCGACUCACUGCCGCCACUCAAAGUGCCCAAGAAGAGGGGAAGAAAGCCAGGAUUCAAGGUCAGACUGAAACCCAGGAUGGUAAUGACGCCAUUAGCCAUCUCACCGCCCAGCAGCACCCCCGAACCCGACAUGAGCUCCAUCCCUCAGGACGCCGCCACAGUCCCCCACUCGGCCACCCCCCAAGUGCUCACAGUGUGCAUCUACAUCAACAAGCAGGCCAACACUGGCCCCAACCUGGACAGGAAGAAAAUCCAGCAGCUGCCCGACCACUUCGGACCUGACCGGCCGUCAGUGGUGCUGCAGCAGGCUGUGCAAGGAUGCAUCGACAGCGCCUUUCAGCAAAAAACUGUCUUCACGCUCCUAACGCAGGGAUACGGAGGAGAGAAGAUAUCGGCUACGUUUGACGGCAAGCAGCACCUCCUGAGCCUACCUGUGGUCAACAGCAUUGACUACGUGCUGCGUUUUCUGAAGAAGCUGUGUCGUAGCCUGCAUUGCGAGAAUCUGUUCAGCGACCAGCCUGUUGGCCAGCAUGCCUCCUACCACUCUGAUGGGGAAUCGUCUGUGACAGAGGAUUACCACCACGAGCGAACAGAGGGGAAGCGCUACCCAGUUGCAGAGCGCAGGGAACCCACGUUUGGCUCAAUCAGCUCAUCCUCUUACUCGUCUAUGCCCAAACCGUCCUAUGGCUUCCGCUCAUCGCAGCAGUCAGGCAACAUAUCAGCCGCCAGACAGUCUUCGGGGAGUCCUGACACUUUCAUGGAAAGCAACAGGACAGUUAAUGAACGUUUUGCUGCCCCAGGAGGCUACGUCGUACAGGAGUCCAAAGCCUUGCCCCCUGGCAAAGAUCCGUCCACGUGGAGCGUGGAUGACGUAGUGCGGUUCAUCAGAGAUGCCGACGCCAAUGCCCUUGGACCGCACGCCGACGUCUUCAGGAAACACGAGAUCGACGGUAAUGCCCUGUUGCUGCUGAAGAGCGACAUGAUCAUGAAGUACUUGGGCCUGAAGUUAGGCCCCGCCCUCAAGCUGUGCUUCCAUAUCGACAAGCUCAAGCAAAGCAAGUUUUAGUAUCUGCGCAUCGGAUUGGUCCGUUUACAGGAAGUAACAACUAGAAAAGGCACAAAAGGCUCACUAUGUAGCUGAUGAAUCGAAUCUACUGUAGAAGGACUGUUGAUUAAGUCUUGUUUAUCCACGUCACUAAACGUAAUCAGUUUAAUCAUUAUUCACUCAAUGGCUGCCAUUGACUGCGCUCGACAUCCUGGGAGUGGCUGGCAAAGAAUGAUCACUGCCAUCCUUCCCAGUUCAGAUGGAUUUGACGUCGAUCAAUGUCAGUGAAUGAGUAUUUUCAGAUCAUUCCCACACAAUCUCUCUUAAAACUGAAUGGCAGGAUGCCAUGUUUCUGUGUGAAAGCACACACAAUUGCAGCAUUAUCCAGCCUCUUCAUGUUCAAAGCAAAGGUGGUUGAAUUCUAAAUCGUUAAUUGACUGGUUUCCGACUGUGUGAGAAUAACCGUACUUAGAAAAAAAAAGUGUGAUUUCUUUAUGUCCUGAUUAAAAAGCAUUUAUUUUGAUUUUAUAAAAUGUUGAUACAUUUUUUUGUCAUAAGCAACAUUCUGUGUACUUUAUUAGCCUCUUUGAAUUUAACCUAAUGUAAAAGUACUGUAUAAUCACAAUGAAGAAUAAUAAUAUAUAUAUAUGUGUGUAUACAGUAUGUGUGGAAGUGUUUCAAUACGCACAAAGUGUCUCAAACCUCAUUGUAAAAAAAAAAAAAAAAAAAAAAAAAAUGCAUCUUUUAUCAGUGCUGACAUAUUCGAGGACAGACUUGUAUUAUGUAAUGGUGACUCUGCGAGGAAAUAGGAACAAUGUGUAUAAUAAUAAUCCUGGAUGUGAGUAUUAAAUCAAGAUAUGUCAAUCA